UUACUGAUCCUCCACAGGGUACUACCACCACGGGGGCAGAUUCUGGCAUCUUCUCACAUCAGGCAGCCCUGCAUCCCUCUUGCUACCAAAACUUUUCUUUUUAAGCCCAAUCUGUUAUACAAUUGAUUGUAUAAGGAAGCUGUCUGGGAUAUAUGUGUCAUUUUGAAAAAGCCCCUUUGGCUAUUUCUUUUGGCGUGUUUCUGGCUGUUCUGGAUGGGAUUGGACACAGAGUUGGAUUAUGGAGCAGAAUUUCACAGACCUGCUGGGCAGCAUUGGCUCUGAGGACAUAUUGAUGAGUUACAUCUCACCAACACCUAACUCCUCUGCAGCCUAUGAAUAUGCCUUGUACUACUCAGAGCUACACAUCAUCUGCAAUCCUGAAGGUAUUCCAGCAUUUGCAUCUACCUUAUUUCCAGUGCUGUACUCCAUACUGUUUGUGGCAGGCCUCGUGGGAAAUGCUUUGGUUGUUUGGAUUCUGACAGUCUCCAUGAAAAUCAAGACCAUGACUGACGUGUAUCUGCUGAAUCUGACUGUCUCUGACCUCCUCUUGAUAUUCUCCCUGCCCUUCUUGGUUCAGUACUCCAUUGUGAGCCAGUGGACUUUUGGAAAUGCACUGUGUAAAAUUAUCAGCUCAGUUUACUUCAUUGGUUUCUACAGCAAUGUCUUCUUCAUAACCAUCAUGAGCGUUGACAGGUACUUGGCCAUAGUCCACUCCCUCCAGGUCCAAGGGAUUCGGACAACUGCCGUUGGGUUUAUCACCAGUCUGGUCGUUUGGGCAGUUGCCAUUUUAGCAUCAAUGCCAGACUUACUUUUUUUCCAGGAAGUGAAUGACAAUAACCAGAUUAAGUGCCUCCCUCACUAUCCUGAUGGCCACAAUGGCUGGAAGACUUUCAGUAACUUUUUAGUCAACAUCCUGGGGUGGCUAAUCCCUGUUGUUGUCCUCAUUUUCUCCUAUCACAGCAUCUUGAAAAACCUUCAGAAGUGCCAUACCAAGAACAAGUACAAAGCAAUUAAACUGGUUUUUAUUGUUGUCAUUGUGUUCUUUCUCUCCUGGACCCCUGUCAACAUCGUGCUGUUUUUGGACUCUCUGAGGAACAUGUCCAUCAUCGAUGACUGCCAGACAAGCCAAAGGCUAGACCUAGCCGUGGAGCUGACUGAGGCACUCUCCUUUGUCCACUGCUGCCUCAACCCAGUCAUCUAUGCUUUUGUGGGUGAGAAGUUCAAGAAGCAUCUCUGUGACAUUUUCAAAAAAUCUGCAUGUUUUCUAUCGAACUGCAAAGGCUACGGGGCUUUCAGUGGGCGCAGCCUGGACAAGCACUCCUCUCUGCACACAAAGUCCUCACAGUUGUCUUAUGUUGGCACUGUCUUGUAGAACAAGUCCAAAACUAUCAUCCUGGACAGGGGACCUAAAAUUGAGAAAUCCUCAACUGUGCAUCCACAGCCAUCGGCUGUUUGAGCAACCUUUUAGGACACGAAAAGUAGAAGCAGCUGCUUGGUUUUGCUUUUAUUGUGGUUGCUUUUGGUGUUCUCACUUUUUAGAGGUUUUUUUUUUUUAAUCAUCCUCCCUUUCCCUUGGCACCUCCUGCCUUGCUUGCUUCAUGAAAUUACCAGCAGACUCCCACACUGCCAGAGCAACGUGGAGAGGUACCUCAGAAAUAUACCAUCCCCCCUUCAGACUGAGUACUGAAAAGAGCUGUUUAUGCUUCCAAACCCUGGACACUUGGCCAUUCCUUCUCUUGUCUCAGCAGAGUGUGAUGGCUUUGUGAGCAGGGAUGGGACUCACUGCAGAAGUAGAAACCUGCUCUUUGGAGGAAAAUGGGGCCCAAGCUUAAGGUGUCAUGCCAGAUCUGAACAGUGCUUCCAGCCCCAGAAGAACUUACUGAGCGAGUAAUUGGAUAAGCAACCAAGAAAUAAAUACUGUCCAUGUUUUGGUAAAAUCAAUAUCAAUUAAUAUCUAGGUAUGAUCCUGAUCAUCCUGACUCCUUCUUCUACCAGGGCCUGCAGCUUCUUGGCUGGAAGGGUUUGAAGCUGUAGCUCAGAAAUGACACUGUGAAUGUCAAGCAACAGCCCCUAUGGGAAUGAAUGAGUGCUGUAGGAAUGGAUAGAGAAAUUGUUACCAGGAAAAAGGCUGAAGAGUGGAAAAAAUAGUGGGUGUGAACUGUCACAUGUCGCUGUCAGGGGACUUUCUGAACAGUUUUGAACUUUUUGGACUGGUAACUUGUGUGCCAGUGUGGUCACUGCUCUUGAGCAAGCAUCUGGGGUUGACAUUCCAGUUACUGUUCCAACUUGGAAUGACUGAUUUUAUAUAUGUGAAUGGCUACCCAUUCGUAUAGAUAUAUCUAUAUGUAUCUGUAUGUAUAGAGCUAUGUACGUAUGCAUGCAUAUCUGUACUUGCCCAUGUGUGUAUAUAUACACAAAUACACACCCAUACACCCAUAUAUAUACUUUUAUAUGCACAAAUACUCUUAGAUAAAUGCAAUGGUUUUCUAAAUCUUUUUGUUCUCUUCUGUUUGU